CUGCAGCACGAGUCUCAGACCCUCUGGGCACUUCCCAGAAAUGACCACCUACAAGAUACCGCACGCAUCUCAGAGCCUGGCCGAGCUACAGGCUUCAUCUCUCUGGAAGACAAGCAGCUUGUAACCCCGGCUCCAGAGAAAGGACCUCCUUGUGGCUUUCAUUUCCUGGCUGGUUUCCCUUCUGGGUGUGGUGGCCGUAUCUACCCCGGUGUGCAGUGACUGACUGCCAAGGUGAUGAGGUUCCAGACACAGUCACUGGGUCAGUGGUAAAAUUCAGGUCAGCAUCUGUGCCUUGGCGGGGACUCCAGGGGCCACUGGGCACCCAGGACACCUGUUCCCCCUGCACCAUGGACAACGGGUCGUGCUGCCUCCUUGAGGGGGACCCCAUCUCUCAGGCGAUGCCACCGCUGCUCAUCCUGGCCUUCGUGCUCGGCGCCCUGGGCAAUGGGAUCGCGCUGUGCGGUUUCUGCUUUCACAUGAAGACCUGGAAGCCGAGCACCAUCUACCUUUUCAACUUGGCGGUGGCCGAUUUCCUCCUCAUGAUCUGCCUGCCCUUUCGGACGGACUACUACCGCAGACACAGACACUGGGCUUUUCAGGAUCUUCCCUGUCGGCUGGUGCUGUUCAUGUUGGCCAUGAACAGGGCUGGGAGCAUCGUCUUCCUGACGGUGGUGGCCGUGGACAGGUAUUUCAAAGUGGUCCACCCCCACCACGUGGUGAACACCAUCUCCAACCGGACGGCAGCUGGCGUCGUCUGUGUCCUUUGGACCUUGGUCAUCCUGGGGACGCUGCACCUGCUGAUGGAGAGCCACCUGUGUCUGCAGGCGAACGCCACAUCGUGUGAGAGCUUCAUCAUGGAGUCGGCCAACGGCUGGCACGACAUCAUGUUCCAGCUGGAGUUCUUCCUGCCCCUUGGCCUCAUCUUGUUCUGCUCCUUCAAGGUCGUUUGGAGCCUGAAGCAGAGGCAGCAGCUGGCCAGACAGGCUCGGAUGAAGAAGGCUAUCCGCUUCAUCAUGGUGGUGGCCGCCGUCUUCGUCACUUGCUACUUGCCCAGCGUUCUGGCCAGACUCUAUUUCAUCUGGACGGUGCCCUCCAGCGCCUGCGACCCAUCUGUCCACGUGGCCCUCCACGUCACCCUCAGUUUCACCUACAUGAACAGCAUGCUGGACCCCCUGGUAUAUUACUUUUCAAGCCCCUCGUUUCCCAAAUUCUACACCAAGCUCAAAAUCCACAGUGUGAGACCCAAGCCACCAGGACCCUCAAAGUCACAGAGGAUGGAGGAAAGGCCCAUUUCCAACCUCUGCCGUGAGAGUUGCGUCAGUGUGGCGAAUAGCGUCCAGAGCCAGUCGGAUGUUCAGUGGGACCUCCAGGUGUGUUGAAUGGCCCUACGACAAACAGGCCAGCAGCGUCAAGGACAGAGGGCCGCGCUGAGUUAACUCACACUCAGGGGUGGGGGACCUUGAAAUGCUACCACCCAUUCUUAGCUGUAUCCUUUUUACUCUCUUGGAAGUGAAACCCUCGCUCCUCUACCUUUGGGGAAGGUUCCAGGUGACUGAAGUGAGUGUGUUGCCUUUAUGUAACCUGAUCAGAGUGAUGGGGACCGUAGGGGCCUGUGUGUGUUGGUUAGGAAUUGCUCAGCUCCCGUGGAAUUUUAAACGGAUGAGGAUACAGGUGUGAGUCUUUCCCGGGUCACGUUCUUGCUCUGGGGGGAGUUACUGAGCUUAAUGAUGUAGCACUAUUUCCUAUUCUCUGACCUUAAACCCAUACUGAUUUUGAAAAGUAGGAACUGGACUGAGUCAAUGCUUUUAUUUUAGGCUGAGAAACACACUUUAAAUCCGGAUGUGUUGGUCCUGAUGAUCUACAACUUCCCUUGGGCCCCUCUGUACAGUUCUCUGUCCACAUUUUGACUUCAGGUAGCCCGAGAAGGUGCUGAGGAAAACCGUCCCUGGUUCCCCCAGGGUUGCCGAGUUCGAAAGGCUGCUGUCCUUUCGCAUGUGCUAAGUCUGGCCUAAGUGCUUUUGACUGCUUGUUAUGUACGUGCAGAUUGAAAUCCUUCAUUCUUUCUUUCUUCGAAUAUUUACUGAAUUUGAAUUUAGUGUCGGACCCUGGUGUCCCUUUUGCCGGGAGGGUUGUUACUCCACUCUUGCGUGACAGCAGUUUUGGGAGUGACAGAGAUGUGCAAGGCCCUCACCCUUUCCCUGAAUGCCGUUCCUAGACCCAUUCUCUGCAAACAUCAUGGUUUUCCUCUCAUCCUGGGUCUUGCUGGGGCACAUGCAUUUUCCGGAUAUGCACCUGGAACCCUCAAAACUAGAUGAUUCUGUGAAAUGACAGGCUGCUCCUCCCCGGAAUUAAGGAAAGUGUUUCCAUGCCAACCUUAGCCCCAUCCUCGAGCCACAGCUUGGUGAAAGUGAUCUCUACUCCUGUGUUUACACUGGCUCUAAUUCCCAGGGUAGUCUCACCUUUAGGGAUUUUGCCAAUAUUUAGUUCUUUAGCCUGAAAAGACCCCUGUAGGCUGUCUCAUUACUUCCUUUCUCAGAGGCACGGCACAGCCUUGCAAUCAAAGGGACAAUCUGUAGAGAGGUCGACAAAUCUAAUUUUGGAUCCCAGCUCAGCCACUUCCUAGACAUGUGAUCCUGGAGCAGAUUUUAUUUAACUGCUUUUACCUUUGAUUUCCUCAUCUUUCAAACAGGGGUAACAAUAGUAACGACCUUCAAAGGGUCAUUGGGCAGAUUCAAUGAAUUCAAUCCUGAAGCACAAGGAUUUUAUUCACGUUAUGUCCCCAGGGCCUAGAAGAGCACCUGCACAUAGUAAGUGCUCAACAAAUACUUGUUGAAUGAGUGUGUGAAUAAGUACAUUUGAAGCAUGAAACUAUGUCUGGCAAUAAGUGCUCAAUGCUAUGACUUAUUACAUGAACACAUUUUCCACAUAAAGAAACUGAGACACGAAGUGAAUUCCCUUGUGGUUCAGAGCCCCUAAGUAGCCACCCCAUUACCACCAACUAUAUUUUCUUGCUCCCCAGCUACUCAGCCCAGGGAGGGGUAAAG